AUGACUUUGGUGGCAAGACCUAUUCCACCUACGCCUCCCCAGUCCACAGACGGAUAUCCCUUACCCGAAGAGCCCUUUGGCGGUCCUGGAGGGUAUCGACCUGCAUACAACGACAUGAGCAGGUCUGCUGAGGACAUCAGGAAUCGUCAGCAAGAGAUGCACUACGGGUCUUCUCCGUUCUAUCAUGCCCCCAGUUUUCCUCAGAACAUGCCUCCUCAAGCGAUCAUGAUGUCCGAUGCCCAGGUCACCACGCCUCCUCCGGGAUCUGAUGAAGAUCUCAUCCAGAUGGGUUCACCUACCAUGAUGGCCCCUUCUCCACCUUGGUCACAGUCCCCGCACUCUCGCGGCAAAGGACCAGUGAGGGCAGCAAACAAGCGACGCAAUCGUACCCGGAGAGAGCUCUCCGAUCCAGGUAUCAAGCUCGAUGGACCAAUCAGUCAACUGACUGAAUCGUUCCACACUACCCCUAUCAAGGACAUGGACGCCUGGGUAUCUCGAUCUGCUCUUGAGCGACAGGAUGAGGUCCGCAAGAAGAAUGGGAAGAUUUCUCGCCCCAUGAACUCCUUUAUGCUUUAUCGGUCUGCAUACGCAGAGCGCACCAAGAGACUGGUGGGUGCGAACAACCAUCAAAUCGUCUCCAAGAUUGCGGGCCAAGGCUGGAAGCUCGAGCCCAUCGAGAUUCGCCGAAAAUACGAAGACCUGGCGAAGCUAGAACGCGACAACCAUGCCGCAACACAUCCAGACUACAAGUUCUCACCCAACAAAAACCCAACCACCACCAGCCGACGCGAUAGCGGCUCGCCUGUUCUGAUACCCGGACAUCUCGGUGAGGAAGGGAGUUUCUCUGACAUGGACAGUGACCUGGGGUCGAACCCAUACCACGGGUCUUCCUACGCCCACUCACGAUCCCAAAGCUUCGAGGAGACUUACUACGACAGUAGUCGGGAUUCCUCGCCCUUUGGACCUGACUCCAUGAUGACACCGGGAUAUAUCCACUCCUCUUGGCAAAACACAAGCCACCCCAGUGGACUCCCAGUGAUGCCGCCCAGCUCCCUCCCGAGUUCCGAAUCCUACGGUGGAGAUAUCUACCACUCCAUCAGCCCUAACCAGCAGGAUAUGGGGUAUGGCUCUUCCCUCGCUGGACUCCCUGGUGCUACUCACCAUGAGUUGCUCCAGCCUCAGCUUACCCACCCGUCACACGGUCUCCCUAUGCACGACAUGGAUCCCCGCCUUCUUAGCAACGGCGGCGAGUCUUCUGGAAUUGCCACCAUGUCCGGUCCUUCCUAUUCCGCCGCUCCUGGCACAUAUUCUACCUGGGUUGACGACGCUCAACCUGGCUUUUACACAGCCUCAUCGGGGCCAUCCAUGUCUCCGAGCACUGUUUCAUACGCGCAUCCUAGCAUGACCUCGGCCUACCUUCCCAGCAUGCAGAGCCUUGAGGGUCGGGACUCCUCCUGGGAGAUGCCUCGCCAUGAGAGCAUGGCUGACCCUACUGGCGCCGAGUUCGAGUUGUGGUGCUCCGCUGAGCCCAGCUCCAAUGGCUACUAA